GACGCUCUUGAUCCUCCUUGGAGCCUUCCCUCACAGGGACUGAAGGCGCGAGUGGAGAAAGUCUCACGAGAGUGAAAGCAAGUCUCGCGAUUUUUAAAAUUUGUUUGUUUAUUUAUUUUUACCUAGCGCCUGACAACUGGACGGUUGCUCCAGGUAGAAUCCCUAGAGUGGCUUGGCCUGACAUUGGAGUGAGACCUCAGCCCCAGGCUGGGGUUCUUUCAAUUUAGAGGAGACGGAUUCAGAUGGGCUACAGACCAAGAUUGUUGAAAACCAGACAUAUGAUGAGCGUCUAGAGAUUAACGACUCUGAAGAGGUUGCAAGUGUUUAUACUCCAACCCCAAGACACAGAGGACGUUCUCAUUCUGCCCAUCUUCCUAACAAGACUAUGGCUGAUAACAGCAGUGAUGAGUAUGAAGAAGAAAAUAACAAGGUCCUAAGUGAGUGCAUGCUACAGGUUCCAAGCCACAGAGGCAAAGACAUGGACCCCGUCCCAACUGCCUCUGCAAGCCCCAAGCAUCACCAGACCCCUUCUCAUGGACUUGAGAGGGUGGGAUGGUACAUAGAAAACCAGAAACUCAGAAAGGGGAAGAAGGCCUCACAGCUGACAUCUCAACGGGGCUUCAGUGAAAAUGAUGAUGAUGACGAUGACGAUGAUGACGACGACGACUCAUCUGAAACUGAUUCUGAUGAAGAGGAUGAUGAAGUGCACGGAGCCCCUCUGGAAGGGGCGUAUGAUCCUGCAGAUUAUGAGCAUUUGCCAGUUUCAUCUGAGGUGAAAGACCUCUUCCAAUAUAUCAGUAGGUAUACACCUCAGUUGAUUGAGCUGGACCACAAACUGAAACCUUUCAUUCCUGAUUUUAUCCCAGCUGUCGGGGAUAUUGAUGCAUUCUUAAAGGUCCCACGUCCUGAUGGAAAGCCUGACAACCUUGGUCUAUUGGUAUUGGAUGAGCCUUCUACAAAGCAGUCAGACCCUACUGUGCUCUCACUCUGGUUAACAGAGAAUUCCAAACAACACAACAUCACACAACAUAUGAAAGUAAAGAGCCUGGAAGAUGCAGAAAAGAAUCCCAAAGCCAUUGACACAUGGAUUGAGAGCAUCUCUGAGUUACAUCGUUCUAAGCCCCCUGCGACUGUGCACUAUACCAGGCCCAUGCCUGAUAUUGACAUGCUGAUGCAGGAAUGGUCCCCAGAGUUUGAAGAGCUUUUGGGCAAGGUGAGCCUGCCCACGGCAGAGAUUGAUUGCAGCCUGGCAAAGUAUGUUGACAUGAUCUGUGGAGUUCUUGAUUUCAGCCAUCCUAGACAUCCCUAUCUACAAGAGUCGGAUUCAGUCCCUCCACCUGCUCUUUUCCCUCUACUCGGAAUUCAAGAACUCACAGCAUUUUAAAGCUCUAGCUGAAGGCAAGAAAGCAUUCACCCCUCCAUCCAACUCUACCUCCCAAGCUGGAGAUGCAGAGACUUUAACCUUCAGCUGAGACACCUCCCAGGUCACUCUCUUUCAAGGCUGAGCAGGCUCCUCUAUCCCAGCUGAGAAGAAGAGAUUGUUAGCAGCCACCUGGCGUCCUUGCCUGUGACACAGCUUGUCCUACUAUCUUACCUUCUCUGCCAGAAAGCACUGCACGUGCUUGUUACAUGGCUUCUGCCUGUCCUGAUUUUCGUCCCAUGGGAAUUGUGCAUCUCUGCCACUGGGGACUUGAAUUAGAAGAAUUGGAUUUCUGGGAUGCCAGGAUGCUCAGCUUAGGAGGAAACUUUAAAAGAUGUUCUUUUUCGGGUAACAAUGGAAUUAUUUUCUUUCAUUCUUAAAGUUAGUUGGCAAAGAUUUUACAAAUAAAAUACUCUUUCAGGUUA